UAAAGAACUAGUUGACUGCUUGUCUAACUAAAUUAAUAGCUGACUGUCUGAUUGACUCGCUGGGCGUCCACCUGCCAAACUGCUCUCGAGAGUCCACCGAACCUCGGCCAGUCCACAGGUCUUCGGCGCGCAGUCCAUCUCUCAGGUCCAUCUCUCAGCCUCGCCGCGCUCCGUCGAUGGCGGCCCCAGACUUGCCUCCUCCGCCGGCCAGCGAGGCAAUGUCGCGAGAUCAACCCAUCUUGCAAUCGCUUCUGCAAUCCCAGCCCAGCCUAGGCCUACAGGGGACGAACACGCGGAUAGGCCUAGGCACGCAGCAGGUUUGGCAGAGUCAGCAACUUCCUCUGGUGCUGCUAAACCUGCUAGCUUCAGCGUUCCCACUGGGUUUAGCGAAUCCAGCGCAAAUCGCUAGCUUCGAGCAGAUCCACCCGCUGUUGACGAAGAACCUUCAGUCGAUCACUGAGAUGAACAGGAACCUUUUCGAUGCGCUGGAGGCGAUGCAAGGCCGCCAAGGCGAGACUAUAGAGAGAUGCCGGGAGAAGAAACUUAACAUUGAAGACGGGAAUCUCGCGCGGAGGUUCCUCGACUUGCAUGAUUCCUCGCUCGCCCUACAGAUGGCGUUGUCCGAGCAUCAGCUGGGAAAGAAGCCUGGCAAAGAAGUGAGAGGCUUGAUAGGGAUGAUAAAGGAGGAAUCAGGCAGACAGCAAGAGCGCCUCAGGAUCCUCAGAGAAGAGGAGGAGGACAGAGAGCAAGGACCGCCCGCCGGGUGCAUGGAGCCCUUCUUCGCCGUGGGCGGGGAGUGCUUCCUCCUGGCGCAGGAGCCCAAGAGGAGCUGGCACGACGCCCGCGACGCCUGCGAGGCCAUGGGCGCCCACCUGGCGCGCCCCGACGACGUGCGGGCGCUGGUCGAGGUGCUGCGGGACUUCCCCGGCAGGUACAACCGCGUGUGGGUCGGCGCCAGCGACGAGGCGCGGGAGGGCGCGUGGACGUGGCUCUCCGGCGAGCCCCUGGACGCCAGCGACUGGCGCCCGGGGCAGCCCAGCAACAGGAGCACGGGCGGCGAGGAGCAGGACUGCCUCUCGCUCGUCACCAAGAACAGACCCGACUCCACCAUGGACGACCACUCGUGCCGCAUGAAGAAGGCCUACCUGUGCGAGCUCGACCUGGAGUGCUAG